CAGAGCCCGGGAGGUGGAUAAGCUGGUAGAGCUCGCUCUCUCUCGUGCCAUGCUGGGCCAGAAGGGCUCCAGAAGACGCUGCUAGAUUCCGGAGAACCGGGAUGGAGGAGAGGCGGAGGGGGGAAGGAGGAGAAAAGUUUGGCCUGAACCAGCUAGAGAAACUUUUAGCAUGAAGCCUCGCUGACGCUCCAUUUUCAACUCCAGCGCAGAGAGAACGCACUCCGUUUCUUCACUGCUUUUAUUUUUUCAGCACCACAGCUUGUGUUUUCUUCCCCUCCACCCCCCACCCCCGUCUUGUGUUGUUUUCUGCGCGAAAGGCUGGCCGGGGCUCGCUGUCACUGCGCGUUGAGAUGCUGGAGUGACCAUGGCUGCGCAAGUGGCGUCGGCUCCGACCAGAACCAACAAUAAAAACAAGAAAUUAUCCGGCGGGCUGUGUCCUGAUCUGAAUUCUGGGAAGUCCGGAGGAGGAGGAGGAGGGGGCGCGCAGAGAGCUGGACCGAUGCUGGGACCCGGCGAUGGGACUCUAAAUAAUGUAGACCACAACCGGCGGAGCGAGCUGAGCGCGGUCCAUUCAGCCUCUGCGGCUCACGGCGCGCCGGACUGCCUCGACAAGGCUGGGAAUAACCUCGCCUCUGCGUCGAAUCCGAGCGCUCCGUCGAUGGAAGCGGGUUUGAUUGCGAACCACAAGCUGAAAUGUGUCGGGAGUGGAGACCCCUCUCAGCCUCAGCCGCCGCAAUUCGGCCAGUUUGCACCCCACCAGCGACAGAUCCAAAGUAACAGCACCGCCAGCAACAACGGCCAGCUGCCCCGGGGGGACAGAGGCAUGGACCAUCAGCACCACGGUGGGAAGGAGAACCUGUUGGGGGUGCAGGAGGAGCACCUGUCGGGGAAAGGUGAGGGGGAGCUCACCUGUAAAUCCUCUGAGAGGAUGCUGAGCUCCAGGUUUGAGCAGCCAAACUUGGGGCCACAUGGCACCAACUCCGAGUUCAACAACAACUAUUACACCCCGAGGCCUUGCUAUGAUCAACAUGGCGGGCAAAGCACUAUGGGAAUAACGCACUCUCACAAUAACAUGGAGAACUCCCACGAGGGAGGGUACCACAACAGCCAGUACGGGCAGUACCCGGCCUACCGGGCGGGGUACGGCGGUGGGGCCUACGGGAUGAUGGGCACCUCUGGGUGCAGGCAAACAGGGGGCAUGAUGAUGGGCAGCAACUCCUCCGCAAGUCACGGCAAACUCCCUCUGGGGGCCGGCUCGGGAGGCUUUCAGAAGUACCCGGUGCAGACUCAGCAGCAGCAGCACCCCUCAGGGGCCACACCGACCCUCAACCAGCUGCUGACAUCUCCCAGCCCGAUGAUGCGGGGCUAUGGGGGGCCCUAUCAAGAAUACAGCGGGCCUGCUUCUCAGCAAGCCGGCAUGGGGCUGGGGAAGGACUUGGGGCCCCAGUAUGGAGCCACAUCUGCGCACUGGGGAGGUCAGCAGAGGAACCACCCACUGUCUGUGAACCCGGGCAGCGGAGGUCAAGGCCUCAGCAGAGCGCAGGUGUCCUCCAUGGAUUUUAUGGCAAUGAAGCGCCCCCAGCUUUACGGCAUGACCAACAACCCCUACCCUGCCUCUCAGCAGCCAGGGGGCGGACAUUACCCCCCCAGCCAGCCAUACACAUCGCCUCCUGCGCAUCGAUAUCCCAUGAACAUGCCGACGAGGAGCCAAAUGGGCAUGGGAGGAAUUCAGUAUCCUCAGCAGCAGCAGGUUCCGCCGUACAACCAACAGGCGAUGGGGGGCUACAGUCAGCAGCAGCAGCAGCAGCAAGGAGGGCCACAACAAGGAAACCCUCCAUACUUCAGCCCCCCUCAGCAGACACCUGCAGGCCCCACCCAGAAUACCUACCUGCAGCCUCGAGCUCCACCGCAACAGGAGUCCCAACAAGAAAACUACACCGUUAGAGGUUCAGCUCCUGGGAAUUCUGGGAAAUCCAAUGAGGACGGCGUUUCCCACAUCCGCCCGUCCAGCCUCCCUGAUCUGUCUGGCUCGAUCGAUGACCUUCCCACUGGGAUUGAGGGAGGCCUGGGCUCCGCCGCCUGUGCUGGCGGAUCCUCCAGCAGCAACAGCAGCUGCAGCCAAGGGGAACAGCCAAACGCAAGUAACCAAGGACAAUCCCCCUUUUCCCCCCAUGCCUCCCCUCAUCUUCAAAGCCAGAGAAGCGGGCCCUCUCCCUCCCCAGUGGUCUCCCCUGCAGGCUCCACACAGUCCCAGCAGUCCAGAUCGGGUUCGGGACCCAUUUCUCCUGCAAGCGGACCCUCUGCAAACACAUCCGCACCAGGUUCUGGGAUGGCGCCGCAGAGCUCUGGAAAUGGACAAGACGCAGCUCAUCUGCAGGUCACACGCUCACCCGUGGCUCAGGAGAGAGGGUUCAUGUCAAACUUGCAGAGGAACCAGAGUGGCUCCCAGUUUGCCUCUCCACAGUCCCCCCACCCACCUCACGGAGGAGGCUCAUUGUAUCCCAGCAUGGGUCCGUACUCCCAGAGCGGCCCCACCGGCUCCUACGGACCUCAAGGGGCCCAAUAUGGACACCAAAAUAACUACGCUCGGACAUCUAACUACAGCGGGUCAGCCAAUCCCAGCUACAACAACAGCCUGGGAAUGAACGCAACCAGCCCUAUGCAGGGUCAGGGGCCCGGGCAACCCGUUCCAGGGGGGCGCAGCCACGGCCCCGCCAGCCAUAAUAGGGUUUACACUUCCAUGGGUCCCAGUUCACCAAGCGUGCCACAGCCAGCUGGCCCUGGAAUGGGUCCUCCAUCCUUGGGAAACUCUAAUCGCAAGAACCAAGAAGCAGCAGUGGGAGGCAGCAUGGCGGGAACCGUCAACACACUCAACAACAGGCAGAGCAGCUACCAAACCCCGGGUAGCAGCCAAUCAAGCAGCGUCCCGUACAGUCAGGCAAUGGGGAACAACAAUUUAACCAUGGGCAACAUGCAAGCUCCAGGCUACGGCAUGCCACCUUCAGGGGGCGUGGCUCAUUCCGGAGACAACUUGACGAACCCAGACAGGAAAACAAAAACGGACGUCAAAGAUGAAGGCGGCCUCAACGAGCCACAAAAGUCAAAGCAGAUGUCAGAAGGUUACAUGAACAAUAACAGCAACAACACGUCCCAGCCAGCCACUCCAGGUGGGGCCCUGCCCGUGCCCUCGCCCCUCUCCCCCAGCCCCGCCAGUCUGUCCUCGUACCACGGAGAUGACAGCGACAGCAUCAGCAGCCCGCCGUGGCCUCUGAAGACUCCCUGCAGCCCCAAACCAAAUCCCAACUCCUCUCUGGGCAGCGAACGCAUCACGCGGCUGUACGAGCUGGGUUCAGAGCCAGAGAGGCAGGUUUGGGUGGAGCGGUACCUGAACUUCAUGGAGGAGCGCGGAACGCCAGUUACCCAGCUUCCAGUUGUUGGAAAGAAGCUGCUGGACCUGUGGAAGCUCUACAUAGCUGUUCGAGAAAUAGGAGGCCUCGCCAUGGUAAACAAGAACAAAAAGUGGCGGGAGCUGUCCACGACUCUGAGCGUUGGUACAUCCAGCAGCUCUGCCAGCGCGCUGAAGAAGCAGUACAUCCAGUACCUGUUCGCCUAUGAAUGUAAGAUGGAGAGAGGAGAAGAACCACCAGCCGACAGCAACAGUGGCAGCAGCAUCAGUGGAGGGGACGUUAGGAAGCAGGUCAAGAUCCAGCCACCGUCACCUGCUCAUUCGGGUGGCUCCCUUCAAGGCCCGCAGACGCCCCAGUCGUCUGGAAGCAGCUCUGCAGCUGAGGCGGCAGUCGACCUGAAACCCCCCACGCCCGCCACCACCCCCCUGGGACAAGUCACUCCGCUGCCCCCCAACAGGAGCAUGGUGAGCGUUCAGGAUCCCUUCUCUGAGGUCAGCGACCCCGCCUUCCAGAAGCGACCCGCCACCCUACCCCACUCAGGACCCUACCAACAGGGCCUCAGCAUGCCUGAUAUGAUGAUGAGGAUGCAGUACGACACCAAGGACCCCUUCGUCGGCAUGAGGAAGAUGGCAGGAGUUGAUCCCUAUAUACCGAGCCAGAUGCCCAGUGGUGGGAUGCAGGACAUGUACGGCCGCUCUCCUUCAGCCCUGAGCAUAAGCCAGAGGUCGCAGUACCCAUACGGACCCGGCUAUGACAGGAGACCGGAUCAUUUGAUGGGGAUGGAGGGAAGUAUGGGCCCACCCGGGAGUCAGAACAACCUGGGACCUGCGAACAGUGAAGGCAGCAUGUACUCCCCCAGCAGAUACCCUUCACAGCAGAGACAUGACAGCUACGGGCAGCAGUAUCCCAGCAUGCCAUAUGGAAUGCAUCCAUCUGGGAUGUAUUCACAGCAACAGCAGGGUUACAAACGGCCAAUAGAUGGAAUGUACGGUCCCCCAGCAAAGAGGCAUGAGAGCGACGUGUAUGGCAUGCAGUACAGCAGCCAGCAGCCAGACGUUUACAACCACUAUGGUGGUGGAUACUCGGGAUCCGAGCACAGACCCCUCCAGGGGCAGUUCCCCUACCCUUACCACCGAGACCGCAUGGUCCCAUCGGGCCAGAGCCAGCACACUAUUAUGGGCGGGGGGCCCACCCCCAAUCACACCAACGAAGGGCCCAACAUGUGGACUUCUAGGACAGAGCUUGGCUAUCCGUACCCCAACAGGCCGCCAUCUCAAAUGGCGCCAUACGGCUCUAUCUGCAGAGAUGACAUGGACGGUCGGGCAGGCCCGGACCAGUGGCACCGUCAGUCUGCCUACAUGUCAUCCGCGGGGGGAAUGCCACAUCUACCUUCACGCCAGCCGCUACCUUACUCCAACUCCUCAUCCAUGGCCAACCAUCUGCCCAGAGCGCCCAGCCCGGGGGCCUUCCAGCGUUCCAUGGACAUGUCGCCCAGCAAAGCGUCCUUCAUGUCUCCCAUGAAGAAGCCUGGGAUGAUGGGCCCGCAGAGCGCUGGACCCAUGGGUCAAUUUCCUCCCAACCUGAGACGGGACCUCAAUUACCCACCAGGGUCAGCUGAAGCCACCAUGCCAGUUCUAAGACCGCGACGGAAGCUCACCUCUAAAGACACCGGAACCCCGGAAGCCUGGCGCGUGAUGAUGUCUCUAAAGUCUGGCCUGCUGGCAGAGACCACAUGGGCUUUAGACACCAUCAACAUCCUGCUAUAUGAUGACAGCACGGUGGCCUCCUUCAACCUCUCCCAGCUGCCUGGAUUCCUCGAGCUCAUCGUGGAGUACUUCCGCCGAUGCCUAAUCGAGAUUUUUGGCAUCUUGGAGGAAUUCGAGGUGGGGGGCGCGUCUCACAAACACAGCUCGGACGCUGAUCUUAUUCUAGGGAAGGAGCAGGAAACGGACUCUGCUCCCUUGCCGGAGACCGAAGCCUCCCUGCCGGCCGAUGUGGCGCAAACAGGAAGCACAAACGCGGAGGCUGCAACUGCACAACCGCCCGACAGCCAAAGGAAAGAGACGAAAGCAAGCCCGAGAAAGGAUGAGGAAGACAGAAGGGAAGGGGAAAACGAAAAGGGGAAGGAGAGUAAAAAGGCGGAGCAGCGUCCUGCAGAGUCAGAAUCGAAAGUCAAACAAGCCAGCAAAUACGAUAAAUUCCCCAUCAGGAUUGUUUCCAACGAGGAGCAGGUUGAAGACAUGACCAAGACCUUGGGUUUUGUCACAGAGUUCAGCAGUGGGCUACUGCACUGGCAGGCGGGCGGAGGCGACUCCACCAAACACAUUCAGCUGCACUUUGAGCCUCGGAGCGAUCCACCCGCCCGCACAGACGUCAGGAACCGGAGCAACCUCAGACAAAGCGACGCGCCGGACGACGAGCAACCGCGCAAGCAUCUCACCGCCACUAUCGAUGACGUUCUAUGCGCCAGGGUGGACGCUCUCUCGUCCGCGCACCCCGCCCGCUCCCUGCCGUCCUACCCCUUCAGGGUGCACCCGGACGGGGCAGACGACGGCAUCACCCUGCUGGAGGACGAACCCCACUGCCUGGACGAAUCUCCUCUAUGCACCAUCUCCUCCUGGCAGGACUCCUUGUCCAAGCGGUGCCUGUGCAUCUCCAACGUGGUCAGGAGUCUGUCCUUCAUCCCCGGCAAUGACUCGGAUAUGUCCCGCCAUCCCGCCCUGGUUCUCCUCCUCGGCAAGCUGCUCCUCCUGCACCACCUGCACCCAGAGCGGAACAGGUCAGCUCCAAGCUACCAGAAGGAGGAGCAGCAGGAGCGGGGGCUGUCCAACAGCAAGGAGGAGUGGUGGUGGGACUGUCUUAGCCUGCUGAGGGAGAACGCCAUGGUGACGCUUGCCAAUAUGGCGGGUCAGCUGGACCUCUCCACAUACCCAGACACCAUUUGCCUCCCAGUGCUGGACGGCCUCCUUCACUGGAUGGUUUGCCCCUCGUCGGAAGCCCAGGACCCCUUCCCCUCCGCGGCACCGCACUCUCAGCUCACCCCGCAGAGGCUAGUGCUGGAGUGCCUCUGCAAGCUGAGCAUCCAGGACGGCAACGUGGACCUCUUACUGGCCACACCCCCAUUCAGCAGACAGGAGAAGCUCUUCGCCGUCCUAGUCCGUUACGUGAGCCAGAGAAAGGCACAGGUGUUCAGGGAGAUGGCGGUGGCUGUCCUGUCCCACCUGGCGCAGGGGGACCCCACAGCCGCGCGGGCAAUCGCCAUGCAGAAAGGCAGUGUGGGGAAUUUGGUAGCCUUCCUAGAGGAUGGCGUCAGCAUGGCGCAGUACCAGCAGAACCCUCACAGCUUGCUGCACAUGGGACACCCCCCUAUGGACCCGCCAAGCGUAAACAUGAUGUGUCGAGCGGCGAAGGGUUUGCUGGCGAUGGCCAAAGUGGAGGAGAACAAGACAGAGUUUGUAUUGUAUGAAAACAGAUUGUUAGACAUCUCCAUCUCCUCGGUGCUCAACACGGGAGUGGUCGCCAUUAUUUGCCAAGUUCUGUUCCAUUUGGGGAAAUUAUGACAGGAAGUGAGACGGGACUCACUCCACAGACACUGAGGCCAACCAGAUAUCUGUGUUUUUCUAUUUUUAUUUAUCAAAAAAUGACCUUUUUAAAAAACAAAUAUUCAACUAAACAAAAAUGUCUAUAAAGUUUUAGUGUCAUUGUAAAUUAAUGAUAAAAAACGGUUUGGGAUUUGAAAGCUCAUUUUACCAUAAAUCUUUAUUACUUGCUGGUGUUCGAUGUUCCGAUUUGGUUCUGUUUUGAUUUUUCAGCCAAAGCUGCCAACAGAUGUAGGUGCUGAAGCUUUUUUUGUUUUGUUUUGUUCUACUAUAAAUGCCACUAUGCUCAUUGACCUUUUGUCAAUGGAGAGUAUUUAUUAAAAAUGUGACUCUGUACAGUUUUGUUUUUUUUCAUUGCCAACCGCUGUGAGGUAGGGAAGGACACUGAAGAUUUAGAUGUCUCCAUCGCUGGAAGAUAAACUGUGCAAUACGACAACAAAAAAAAAAAAAAAAAAGGUUUCAAACAGCUGCAGUACUCGCUUCACAACAGCAGGGUAUCAACAAAUGAACAACAGAGGAGGAAAACAAAAACAAAAAAGUCAGCAGAAGUUGUCAGACCUAGCCUCAAAGACUCACACAGAUGAACUUUGUGUGUCUGUUGUGUUACGUCUGUAUUUUUUCAUCAAUGUGUACAUAAACCCUCGUGCAAUAGUCGCACAUGAUUCUUUUCCGUUUCUCUCAAGCGUAGCGGGAUGUGGAACUUUCUGACGAUUAUAACAAAUGCUUUUAUUGUUGGUAAAAUUUCGUAUUGUUACAAUACAUAUUUUGUUAAAGGGUCAAAUAUUUGAACACAUGUACCGUAUGUUUGACUGUACAAACCCCUGUAUGGAGUGUAUUAUAGCUGAGAAAACAAUCGCUUUGGUAAUCAAGGGUGAGAGGAGGAUGACGUCAGAAAACCGAGAAAUACUUCUGUUUGUUACUGUUCUCCAUUCAUGUUAAUGGGCAUAUUUUUGCUGUUCUAAAAGAAAGACGUGAAGAAGAACCUUGAAAAUGUCCUCAGAGCUUAUUGUAAAAUUUGCCUUUUUUUCGUAUGACUCUGUGUCUUUUAGUGCAUAUACACAUUUAUACUCUGUGCUGCACAUGUCAAAAAUAAAUGUAUGAUGAACAUUGUUAAGCACUGGAGACGUUGCAUUAUGUCCAGACAAUCUUGGGCCAAUAAAACAAACAUCAACUGCUUA